CUUUUGUUUCUGCAAGCUUUUUCCUCUUGGUCUGCUGUAGCUGCUCCUAUAACCAGCCAUGAUCCUCCAGGCUGCUGCGCUCAGUGUCCUCCUCUGCUCGGUCCACGGUUUCACUAUACAGGGUCCUUUUGAAAAGAGUGAGGAGUACUCUGGCAACACCAUUGAGGAUGACGAGUUCAGUGUCUCCACGCUGUUAGAGAAGGCCAAUGUUAAUGUUGGAAAGAACCUUGACGAGCCUCUGGUGAUGUUUGGUGACAUAGCAGUGCCAACAGGUCUACAGAACGCUGAUCCCUGCACAGCACGAGGCUGCCUGUGGCCUAAAGCCACAGAUGGCAACGUCUACGUACCCUUCCGCAUUGCUAAUGCCUUCAGCCAAAGAGAGAGAAGCACCAUCAUCGCAGGUCUGCAGUCAUUCGCUGAGUCCACCUGCAUCCGUUUCACCCCCUUCAACAGACAGCGGGACUUUGUGGACAUUAUGUCGCUUUCGGGGUGUUUCUCGUUUGUUGGGCGACGGGGUCGAGGCCAGACAGUGUCCUUGAGUCGCCGUGGUUGUGUUUUCCGGCAGAUCAUCCAACACGAGCUGCUGCACGCCCUGGGCUUCAACCACGAACAGACCCGGUCCGACAGGGACCAGAAUGUUCGCAUCUUGCUGGAGAACGUUAUGUCGUGGUGGGGAACGGAGUCCAAUUUCAGGAGGAUCCAAACAAGGAACCUUGGCACUCCCUACGACUACAACUCUGUCAUGCACUAUGGAAGGUUUGCCUUCUCUAGGAACAGGAGGCCUACCAUCAUUCCCAUCCCUGACGAAAAUGUAUCCAUCGGUAGGGCCACCGAGAUGAGUCCCAUUGACAUCCUCCGGGUGAAUCGCCUAUAUCGCUGCAAUUCGACUGCUCCCAGGCCUGACUUGAAACCUGUGCAAAGAAACCAUUUCCUCUAGAGAUGAAAGUUUGCUAUUUGCACGUUAUCGUCUAUGCGAUGUAACGAAAUCAAGAUGAAAUAAGGCAAAGUGAAGCAACUUCUUAUUUUUUCUUCUACAA